UUUUCUCUCUCCUCUGCAACCCUAGAGAAGCGAUUUGGGAGGCGAUUUGGGAGGCGACAAAAAGGAAUCGCGAUAUACGCUACUUUACUGGAUUGGAGUUUGAUAUCUCUUGUUGAUUUGGUAGCUUUUCUUCUCAUUAGAUUCACAGCACCAAAAAGAGAUGGAUAUGAAUGUUGAGAAUGUGGAACAAUGCGGUGAUUCUCUCACAAUUGAAGAAGUGGUUGAAGUUACGAACGAUGGAAAAUUGUUAUGGGAUGAGUCACUCAUUGAAAAAUUCAUGAAUAUUAUGGUGGAAGAAGUUAAAGCUAAUAAUCGUAGUGGCACAACAUUUAGUAAAAGUGGUUGGACUAAUUUAGUCAAACAAAUGAAUGUUCAAAUGGGGAGAAAAUUUGGUUUAACCCAACUUCGGAAUAAGUUUAAUGCUUUGAGGAAAAUUUAUACUGAGUUUAAGAAAUUAUUAUCGGAGACUGGCGUGGGAUAUAACCAUGAGACGGGCAUGGUUAUAGUUGAGGAAGAGAGAUGGGACAGGUUGUACAAGGUUGUUACGAAUGCAAAUAAGUAUAAAAAGUAUGGAUGUAAGCAUUUUGACAAGAUGUCGACUAUAUUUGGGGACACAUAUGCAAAAGGGAUGCAUGCCCACCCAUCCACUACAGCACCACCCACAAUCAUUUUGCCCACUCCCAAUGGUGACGAUGAUCAGGAAGAGGGUUGUGAGGUCAGUCCCCCACCUUUACGUAAAGGUAAGAAAGCCAAAAGAGAUGCUUUAUCUCCUGGUAUAGCUGCACUCUUGUCAAACAUGAAUGAGAAUUCUGAGAGGAGAGCUGAGAGAAUGGAAGCUGCAAUAGAGAAAGCAGCUAAAGCAUCUUCUACUUCUACUCGUGUAUCUUCAUGUGAGAAAGGAGAUGAUGAAGCUCUCUCUCCCUCAAAAAAUGAUAGAGAUUAUGAAAUGUUUGAUGCCUCUAUGCUCCUUUUACAAAAAAUACCUGGAAUUGAGAUGGCCCAAUUCGCUAAGGUAUCGAAGUUAUUACAUGAUUCUGAGAAGUGGCAGAAAUUUUUUCUUUCGGCACCUGAGGAUGUAAGAAUUGGUUGGGCAUUGAAUGUUUGAGUUUUUCUUUAUGGAUGAUUGUGUUUUGUGUCAUCGUUUAACUUAUUACUAUCUCACAUUUGGAUGACUGUAAUAACUUAAAUACUUUUAUUAUCUCACAUUUGGAUGACUGUAAUAACUUAAAUAUUUUUAUUAUCUCACAUCUGGAUGACUGUAAUAACUUAAAUACUUUUAUUAUCUCACAUUUGGAUUACUGUAAUAACUUAAAUAUUUUUAUU